UGCAUUCCAGCCUGGGCAACAAGGGCAAGACCCUGUCUCAUAAAGAAGGGCCUGGAGAGCUAUUCUGAGGAUGCAGCAAGAUGGCAGAGGUACAGCGCAGAAGAAACAGACCUUCCGCAACUUCACCCACCGCGGCGUGGACCUGGACCAGCCACUGGACACGUCCUCGGAGCAGCUGACGCAGCUGAACAGCGCGCGCCGGCGGCGGCUGAACCGGGGCCUGCGGCGGAAGCAGCACUCGCUGCUCAAGCGCCUGCGCAAGGCCAAGAAGGGGGCGCCGCCCACGGAGAAGCCGGAAGUGGUGAAGACGCACCCGCGGGACGUGCUUCUCCUGCCCGCGAUGGUGGGUAGCACGGUGGGCGUCUACGACGGCAAGACCUUCAACCAGGUGGAGAUGGCCGGGCGCGGCGGCUCAUGCCUGUAAUCACAGCACUUUGGGAGGCCGAGA